CAUUGAAAAUGGCGUAGGAGAUAGAAAGAAGAAGAAGAAGAUGAGGUUUUCACAGUUUUCUCUCUAGAUCUGCUGUAAAUACAGGUUUGAAGAUAAGCUUGAAUCACUUCUGUACUCUUAGAGAAGAAGAAGAAGAACAGGUACAGUUGGGUUUCUUGGUGAAGAGAUAUGAAUAAUUUAACUGUUGGAAAUGAAGAUUCUUUUGCUGAAUUUGCUGCUAACAAUGAUGUUAAGAAUUUCAAACUAUCAAUCCAGACUGAUCCGUCUGGGAUUGAUCAAGUUUGUUUAUGGUAUGGUCGUGGAAUAGGAACAAAACAGAUGAUUCUCUUACAGAGGACUCCUCUGAUGAUCGCUUGUACAUACGGUAGUCUUGAUGUUGUGAAACUCAUUCUUUCGCUGUCGAUUUCUGAUGUAAACCGCAUUUGCGGUCAUACCACAGCUCUUCAUUGUGCUGCUUCGGGUGGUUCUCCGAAAGCAGUUGAGAUUGUGAAGGUUCUGUUAGAAGCAGGGGCUGAUCAUGAUUUGAUUGAUAUAAAUGGUUAUAGGCCAAUUGAUGUUAUUGUUGUCUCGCCUAAUGUUCAUUACUCGAAAUCUUCUCUUCAAGAACUGUUAUCAACUGAUUAUAGAAGAACUGUUAAGAAAGAGUAUCCUAUUGAUCCAACUUUACCUGAUAUCAAUGAUGGUAUAUACUCAACUGAUGAAUUCAGAAUGUUUUCGUUUAAGAUUAGGCCGUGUUCGAGGGCUUACUCACAUGAUUGGACAGAGUGUCCUUUUGUUCAUCCUGGCGAAAAUGGUAGGAGAAGAGACCCGAGAAAGUAUCAUUACAGUUGUGUUCCUUGUCCUGAUUUUAGGAAAGGUUCUUGUAGAAGAGGGGAUGUUUGUAAAUAUGCUCAUGGGGUUUUCGAGUGUUGGCUACACCCUGCUCAGUAUCGAACCAGGCCGUGUAAAGAUGGGACGAGUUGUAAUCGACGAGUAUGUUUCUUUGCUCAUGCGAAAGAUGAACUUAGGCCUUUGUAUGUCAGUCCACCUAUUUCACCAUCUGGAAAUGGGAUGAUUUCGAAUGUGGGUUGGCCACAUGGAAGUAAUCUUCAGUCGAGUCGAUUGGGGUUGUCGUUUAAUGCGAGGGAUAGACUGGCCGAGGAAUUGAGUAUGAUGAACGAACUAUCAGCUCGUUCCAAUACUCUAACCCCAAUGAACUUGGAAGAACUUUUCUCAGAAUAUCAUCAACCAACGAUGUUAUCACCAAUCAACACUGUUUUCUCACCGAAAGGGAUUGUUCACUCCGGUUUUCAAAUGUCUCCAAGAAAUGUGGAUUCACCUAUGAACUCUCGUGUUUCGAUGCUAGCUCAAAGAGAGCAAUUUCGUAGCUUUAGAUCACGCGAACUUGGGUCUAGUUCCGGUUCUAUUGUUGGCUCGCCUAGCGAGUCAUGGUCUCAAUGGGGUUCUAUGAAUGGGGAGGCGGAUUGGGGUGUUCGAACUGAAGAAUUUGGUAAGUUUCGUCGAUCAUCCUCAUUUGAGAUUGAGAAUAAUGGAGAUGAACCUGAUUUAUCAUGGGUUCAUUCACUUGUGAAAGAAUCGCCACAAGAAAUGAACGAAACACAAUCUACAAAUGGUGCAAUGGAGGACUCAAACUCGAACUCAAACUCAAACAAUAACCCUCACCUAGAUCCAAUUGAUCAAACCGGUCUUGGCGCCUGGCUCGAGCAAGUGCAGCUCGAUCAACUCAUCGCUAGGUGAUCAAGUCUUUAACUUUUUUCCUAAUAAAAACUGACCCUUUUUUUGUAUGGAAAUUCUGGUUUUGGGUUUCUAUUUAUAUCAUCUUUUACCAUUAAUUGUUGCUAGCAAAUGGUAGUAGAAGAAGAAACAAAGAAUUUUUAAAAUAAAUUUAUAUAUUGCAGUCUUUAUUUAUUGCAUUCCCCUUAUGGUUACAUUUUCUGAAUCCAUUAAUUGAUGAAAUAAAGUGGUUGUUAAGGUGGUUAGCCACUA